GUUGAAGAUUGUAAAAAUUUCUUUUAAGUGCAAACAGUUUUUUAUUCAACUUAGGAAAGAAUUGCAUGAAUCUAGAGAAACGUUACUGGGAUUCAAUAUGGUGAAUUACCGAGCAUGUAAGAAUUUGUGGAAAGCUUGUGUUGAACACCACACGUUCUUCCGUUUGGACAGACCACUCCCCCCUCAGAAGAACUUUUUUGCACAUUAUUUCACUUUGGGUUCCAAGUUCCGGUACUGCGGGAGAACAGAGGUCCAGUCUGUGCAGUAUGGUAAAGAAAGAGCAAACAAAGACAGGGUAUUUGCAAGAUCCCCCAGUAAACCCUUGGCGCGGAAAUUAAUGAGUGGGAUGGACUGGGAAGUAGUGAGUAGGAACUCACUGUCUGAUGAUAGGUUGGAAACACAGAGCCUACCAUCACGGUCUCCACCUGGAACCCCAAAUCAUCGCAACUCUGCCUUCACUCAAGAAGGAGCCCGGUUACGACCCUCAUCAGUUGGACAUUUAGUGGACCAUGUAGUUCACGCUUCCCCAAGUGAAGUGUUUGUAAAUCACAGAUCUCCAUCUUCCACCCAGGCUAAUAGCAUCAUACUGGAAUCAUCGCCAUCUCAAGAGACUCCUAUAGAUGGGCAGCCUCCUGCGUUACCACCCAAACAAUUUAAAAAGAACAGUUGGAACCAAAUUCAUCAUUCACACUCACAGCAAGAACUGGAUAACCAUAUUAAUGAAACAUUUGAUGUUCCUGCAUCACCUGAAAAGUCCACACCCAAUGGUGGUGUCCCUCAUGACAAUCUUGUUAUGAUCAGAAUGAAACCAGAUGAAAAUGGAAGAUUUGGCUUCAACGUAAAGGGUGGGUACGACCAGAAGAUGCCGGUAAUAGUGUCCAGGGUAGCUCCAGGAACACCUGCUGAUCUCUGUGUCCCUCGUUUGAAUGAAGGGGACCAGGUUGUACUGAUUAAUGGGAGGGAUAUAGCAGAACACACCCAUGAUCAAGUUGUGAUGUUUAUUAAAGCUAGUUGUGAGAGACACUCAGGGGAACUUGUGCUCCUAGUUCGACCCAAUGCUGUCUAUGAUGUUGUGGAAGAGAAGCUGGAGAGCGAGCCUGACUUCCAGUACAUCCCUGAGAAAUCUCCACUUGAUGGUGUCCAUCAAGAUGAUAAUGCUCUGAGGGAAUCCAUGAUUCAGCUAGCAGAGGGGCUUAUCACUGGAACUGUUUUGGCUCAGUUUGAUCAAUUGUAUAGGAAAAAGCCUGGAAUGACAAUGUCGUGUGCCAGAUUACCUCAAAACAUUUCCAAAAAUAGAUACAGAGACAUUUCGCCUUAUGAUGCUACACGGGUUAUUUUAAAAAGUAAUGAAGAUUACAUCAAUGCAAAUUAUAUAAACAUGGAAAUCCCUUCUUCCACAAUAAUAAACCAGUACAUUGCUUGUCAAGGUCCAUUACCGAACACUUGUCCUGAUUUUUGGCAGAUGACUUGGGAACAAGGUUCGUCUAUGGUUGUAAUGUUAACGACUCAAGUUGAACGGGGCAGAGUUAAAUGCCAUCAGUACUGGCCAGAGCCAUCAGGAAGCUCAUCAUAUGGGAAUUUCCAGAUUACCUGCCAUUCAGAAGAAGGAAAUCCUGCUUAUGUCUUUCGAGAAAUGACAUUGACUAAUCUGGAGAAAGAGGAAAGCCGCCAACUAACCCAAAUCCAGUACAUAGCAUGGCCUGAUCAUGGGGUUCCUGAUGAUUCCAGCGAUUUCCUAGAUUUUGUGUGUCUUGUGCGAAAGAAAAGGGCUGGCAGAGAAGAACCUGUUGUUGUUCAUUGCAGUGCUGGGAUUGGACGGACAGGAGUUCUUAUCACUAUGGAGACCGCUAUGUGUCUCAUUGAGUGCAAUCAGCCUGUUUAUCCAUUAGAUAUUGUGAGAACCAUGAGAGAUCAAAGAGCCAUGAUGAUCCAAACACCUAGUCAAUACAGAUUUGUAUGUGAAGCUAUUUUGAAGGUGUAUGAAGAAGGAUUUAUUAAACCUUUACAACCAUCAUUGCAUAAGUAAAGAGCAAAAAAACCUAGGAUAUCACCUGAGGAAUCCUGUCCUCUAUAAUGAACUGGCAGCAUUCUUUGUGCCGUAAUACUGCUUGCAGGAAACUAUAGUGAAGUACAGCAAAGAAUUGACAAAGGACUUUGAAAACUUCAGCACUGUUGCACUUUACGUUGAAACAAAAUCAGUCUCUGAAACUCUUCUAACCUUCAUCUGUUUGAAGACUUUAUUUUCGUGCUUUGCUCCGAACAAACCAUAAACUGAAAGAACUAAUUGUGUUCAGGGUAAUCUACGAUAUUUCAUUGUAGUGCCAUAUACUGCGCUUCUGGUUGAAUUGCUACAAACAAGGCUUGGAAUUAUUUCACUCUAUUUUACACCCAUGUCUCUUAAAAUGAAAAACAAAUGAAAAAAAUACACUAAGCCAUGGUCUUUUUCCAGUGCUAAGUUUAUUUACUAUGUACAGACUCUCACUGUUUUGUUUUUUACAACAUUAGCAAUAUUGCCAAUACUAGAUAGAUACACACUGCCUACUGAUGCAGCACACUUUGUUCUACACCCUUACUAGAGGCCAGCUGGUUGUUAGAAGAAAGCUGGCGUCUGUGUUAGCCCAGCAGUAGCUGCAUAAUGCCCACUUACCAGCAUCUUGUACAAAACAGUAACAAUAAAAAUAAAAA